AUGGGGCUCAUAUACCUGCGUCGGACGCAUACACAUACUGUCGACUUGGUGGGCCGUGUUGACCUGGGUCUGGUACCUCCGGGUGUGGAGGUGCGGCCGGGUAUCUGCGAUCAACGACCGGCUUGGCUGGACGCCGACGGCACGCCUAUGUUUCUUGGUCCAGACACAGCGUACGGCAUCUCGCGCGGCGCCAACCUCUCGGUGUCCACGGUGGAAGCAUUUCCAUACGGCUUCCCUCGAGACUUCUCGGUGCUGGCCACGUUUCGCAUGCAACAGAACACGCGAGGCUACCUGCUCGCUGUCUACGACUGGGAUGACGAGGAGCAGUUGACACUGCACGCGGGCGAGAACCUGACCUUCUCGCUGCGCUCCGACAGCAGCAACGCAAGCACCGUCUACUCGGCGGUCUUCGCUGAGCCUUUUAACGACGGAAAGCAAGUAUCCCCAAGUAACGUGGUUCGCGAAGUGCAUUUCACUGGUCUUGUUGGGAAUUUUUUUGCUUAUCCCCUGAUGAGGUACUACUGUCAGGAUUGCGAUUUGGGCUCGUCGGCAUAUAUGCCAUCACGAAGACGUUUAACGCAGCGCAACUAGCACAAAG